UAGACUUAGGGACUCCGAGUAGUUGAGUUAGUGCAGUGUUUAGUGCCCUAUCUGGCGUGACCAGCACAUCCUGGACUAUUACUCCCAGUGUAAACUACUUUAUGAAGCGCAAACAUGAGUCUGUAUACGAGGAGAGUGACGCUGCCAGCCAUCACCCCCCUGGUGCUCCAGAAAAGGGUGAUUAAAGUUUUCAGUGAAGAUGGAACCAGCAGAGCCCUGGAGGUGCCAAAUGAUACCACUGCUGUGAAUGUGUGCCAACUUUUGAUUCAAAAGAAUCACUAUAUAGAUGACCAAAACUGGACAAUGUUUGAACAGCUGCCUGCAUUGUGUUUAGAAAGAAUUAUAGAAGAUCAUGAGCUGGUGAUCGAUGUGCAGUCAAUGUGGGACAUGGAGGAAGACUGCAGAUUUUGCUUCAGAAAAUAUUAUGCAAAAUAUGAAUUUUUCAAAACUCCAGAGGACUAUUUUCCAGAUUUUAUGCUGUCUUACAAUGAAGUCAAUGGUGCAGCCAACUCUUCGGAUACAUUAAAGAUGUUUCUUAGUACGAACACCUACCCUGAAGUCCACAGCUACCUGUAUGUGUCAGAGAAAGGGAAGAAGUCCUGGAAGAAACUGUUUUUUGUGCUACGACGCUCUGGACUAUACUUUUCCACAAAAGGAACAUCUAAGGACCCCAGACACCUGCAGUUCUUCAGUGACUUGAGCCAGAGUAACAUAUAUAUGCUACUAUCUGCAAGGAAGAUGUAUGGAGCACCCACAGACUAUGGGUUUUGCCUAAAGCCUAACAAGACAGGAGCAGCCAAGGAAAUGAAAAUGCUGUGCACCGAGAGCGAAGAGAGGAGAAGCUGCUGGCUGACAGCAAUAAGAUUGUAUAAGCAAGGUCAUCAGAUCUACCAAAACUACCUCCGACCUCAGCAGAAAAAUGAUCUGAAUGGACUCAAUCUGUCAGCAAUGAGAAGCAUAUCAGAAAACUCACUUGUGGCCGUGGACUUCUCAGGCCAUAAAACCAGAGUCAUUGAAAAUCCCACAGAAGCGUUGUCUAUUGCUUUACAAGAAGGACUGUUAUGGAGGAGAAAAAGCUGUGGACGGAUCAGUACCCAUGGUGGUAGCCCUACAAGUUCCCAAAAUGCAAAGCUGAACAUAGCAGUCCAUAUGUCACAACCUUGGUUCCACCAUAAUAUAUCAAGAGACGAAGCCCAGAAACUGAUACAUCAGCAAGGACUUGUGAAUGGAGUAUUUUUGGUCAGGGACAGCCAAAGUACUCCAAAAUCAUUUGUCCUUUCUUUGUGCUAUGGGCAGAAGAUAAAGCAUUUCCAGAUUCUACCAACUGAAGGUGGUGGAGAGCUGUUUUAUUCUUUAGAUGAGGGACACACCAGGUUUACAGAUCUCACACAACUUGUCGAGUUCCAUCAGCUGAACAGGGGAAUCCUGCCCUGCACCCUGAAGCACUACUGCACCCGGGUUACCUUCUAACUCUGUUCAUGAACUACUGUAAAUAAAUAAAAAAUCACUGUAUUUAGAUGUUAUGGUCGGUGUAUAUACACAGUGCCAAAAAAGAUCUGCAAUUAAAAAAAUAAACAAUGUCACAAAAUAUGGAGAAGCUUUUGUUUGUGACCAAAAUGUGAUGACGGGUGAGACCCGAAUAAGGCCCCAAGUGUUCCUCCUGUAUACUCAUGAUUACACUAGAGGACGUGUGUCAAAAAGUCAACGCUGAAAAAUGUAUGGACUAAUAUUGUAAUAAAAAUGUCAGCUGCUUUGUAUG